AUGGCACUGUUACUUCAGAAAUUCGCCAAGUAUCAGAAGCAAACCCCACCCCUUCGUCAUGAUUCCGAGGAGGAACAUGCUCUCUCUGCUUCUCUGCAGGAUUUUCGGUCCCAGAUCUCAAAGUUGGUUGCUCAGUUAGGGUUUAGUUUGGAGCACGCCGGCUCUCAGAACCUGUCCUUGUCCUGGAUCAACAAGUUCUUUGGGCUGUUACAGGUGACUCACAAGGCCUUCGCGAAUCUGGUUGUGGAUAUCGAUUAUCCGAUUAGCAAGUGGAGCUCCGAUUCUAUUGAAGGGUAUCUCAACUAUUGCUUGGCUUUGCUUCAGCUUUUUAAUGCAAUUUCUUCUUCUCUCUCUCUCAUCGGCCAAUCUCGGCUUUCGCUGUCUUUUGGGUUGAUUAAGUUCAAGAAAUCGGCUUCUUCUGCGAAAGAUUACCUGAAAGGAAUCGAAAUUGGGCCUGGUAAGAAUAAGACUAGCCCCAAUUUGGAGGGUGGAUUUUGCAGUGGAAGAGACAAAUCAAAGGGCUUCUCUUGCAAAGAGAGGGUUCUUGGAGAAUCUAUUCAGGAAUUAAGAACUGUCGGAUUCUGGGUGUGUGGAAUUGUUCUUUCAGGUGUAGCCGGCGAUGCCGGCUCGUACAUGGAGAUCAGAAAAAAAUUAGGGUCCAGCUCGGUGGUUGCCCCUCUUGAUUCCAAAAUCGGUGAGAAACUCCCGGCUUUGAAGGAGGUGAAAGAGAUCAACGACGCUGUGGGUGAUCUUCUCGCUGCUUCCGAAUCCGACGAUGCCGUGAAAGAUGAUGCGGCCAUGGAGUUGCAGAAGAAGGUGGAUUUGUUCCAGAAGGGACUGGACGAUCUAAGCAAGGAGGUUGAUGAUAUGUUCAACAAGGUCAUGACACAGAGAAACGAGUUGAUUGACUGCUUCAGAUUCAGAGACCGAUCACCUAGAAAAUCCGUUGUUUGA